AUGCGUGUGCUAGGAACGCUCGCAUCAGCUCUACUAGCUGCGAGUGCGGCCGCUACCUGCGACCCGAGCAAGUGGAAGCCUCCCUCGGACGGCGUGUACAACACAUCAAGUCGCGUGGACCCAAACAAACUCAACGUUCACCUCAUUGCGCACUCUCAUGACGAUCCUGGCUGGCUCAUCAGCGUGGACCAGUACUAUACCCAAAGAGUGCAGUACAUCCUGGAUACGGCCGUGGAAGAGCUCGUGCGCAACCCGGACCGCCAGUUCAUGUACGUGGAGCAAUCAUUCUUUCAACGUUGGUGGCAUCAACAAGGAUCCGAGGUGCGCGGCAUCGUCAAGCAACUCGUACGCGAAGGCCGCUUAGACCUGACGGUCAAUGGCGGCUGGUGCAUGCACGACGAGGCCACACCGCACUAUAUCGCCAUGGUGGACCAGACCGCGUACGGCCAUCAGCUGCUCAUGGACGAAUUCGGCAUCAGUCCGCGUAUCGGUUGGCAGAUCGACCCGUUCGGCCACUCGGCCACGCAAGGUUCGCUGUUGUCGCAAGGUGUGGGCUUCGAUGCGCUGUACUUCGCUCGUAUCGACUACCAGGACUACGGAAACCGGAAGAAGAACAAGGAUCUCGAGUUUAUCUGGCGUCCCAGCAAGUCUCGUGGCAAGGCGUCGCAAGUGUUCACUGGAGAGAUCAUUGACCACUACUGUCCACCUGGGAAGUUUGACUUUGGCAAUAACGGCAACCAGAUCCAAGACGACCCGGAGCUGCACGACUAUGACGUGUGUGACGAAGUGGAACAGUUCGUCAGCAAUGCCAAGAUGCGCGGCGACCAUUCGAAAGGCAACCACGUCUUUAUCCCCAUGGGCUGCGACUUCCAGUACGACAAUUCGCUUCGUUGGUUCAAGAACAUGGACAAGAUCCUUCACUAUGUGAACCAGGACGGCCGAGUGAAUGUACUGUACUCCAACUUGUCGUAUUACACGGACGUGAAGCGAGAAGAAGGACUGACGUGGAGUGUCAAGACCGACGACUUUUUCCCGUAUGGAUCGGCUCAAGACGAUUACUGGUCCGGUUUCUUCACCAGUCGACCGACGUUGAAGCGGUUCGCACGUGUGGCGAACACUCUACUGCAGCAAGUGCGACAGAUUGACGCCGUGUAUCAAAGCCACCACUCGUCUCCGUUAGUUGCAUUGCAGCGUGCUGUGGGGCUCGUUCAGCACCACGACGGUGUCUCUGGAACGGAGAAGCAGAGUGUUGCUGACGACUAUUCGCUGCGUUUAAAUGACGGCAUCAUCAAGGCGGAGAAGGAGCUGAACGAGGUCUUGUUCGUGAUUGGAGACAAAGAGCCCUACCACUUGUGUCUGCUAGCCAACACGAGUGUGUGCGACGUGUCCACCCAGAACUCCAACUUUGAAGUUCUGGUGCACAAUGCACUGGCGCGUACAAGUGUGCAGACGUUCUCGAUCCCGAUCACACACAAGUCGGCAGAGGUGACGCUGCUCUCGGGUAACGCCAAAGUCCGUGAACAGAACGUCUAUGUGGCGCUGCCAGUGCAUCCUGAAGUGCAGGUGGCUCCGUACUCGUUCGUGUUCAGUGCAGAGCUCAAGCCGUUGAGCACAACGCGGUUCACGGUCAAGCAGAAGGAUAUUGAAGCUGAAGAGAUCGUUACUGACAGUCUGGAUGCUACCGACGACGUGAUUGUGCUGGAGAACCACCUGAUGCGAGCGGAGAUCAGCAAGACCACGGGCUCCAUCACGAAGCUCGCCAACAAGAAGAAGAACAUUCAGAUCCCGCUUUCUCUUGACGUCGCGUACUACCAGGCGUUCCAAGCUGGCGGACCUAAGUCUGGGGCGUAUGUGUUCCGUCCCGACUCGAACAAAACAUACCCCGUUGCGGGCAAAGAGAACUCGCUACUAGACGUGGAGAUGGUGGAGCUUCACACGGCCGCGAACGGUGGUCUAGCCAGUGUGCCGCGUGUGGCUUUCAAGAUUGGUAGCUGGGUCACGCUCGAGUACCGUGUGAACGACAACGACGAGUUCCUGGAGAUCGAGUGGACGGUCGGACCUGUCCCCAUUGACGACAAGACGGGCAAGGAGGUGAUUCUGCGCUUCGACGCCGGCAAGAGCAUCGCAUCUGACGCUACGCUGUACACGGAUUCGAACGGACUCGAGUUCAUGAAGCGUGUGCGCAACCACCGCGACACGUGGAACUUGACGUUGCACGACAACCAGGAGGCGGUGGCGGCCAACUACUUCCCCAUCACGACGGGAGCGUACAUCAAGGACGAGACGCACCAGUUGAACGUCGUGACGGAUCGUGCGCAAGGAGCAGCGAGUCUGGUGGAUGGCCAGGUGGAGGUGAUGGUUCAUCGUCGUCUGCUGGCUGACGACAACAAAGGAGUGAGUGAACACUUGAACGAGACGGAGUCUGUGUACGACUCGGCUACGAAGAAGCAAGUGACGAAGGGUCUGGUGGUUCGCGGCAACUUCUUCGUCAACGUGGACUCGGCUGAGGACGGCAUGCGCAGUAUCCGCUCCAAGAUGGAGGCUCAGUUCUUCCGUCCACUGACGAUAUUCCGCAAACCAGUACCGUCGGAAGUGGAAGCGAAGGUGCCGUGGCUUACGGUGAAUGACUUUCCUGAGAACGUGGGUUUGACGACGCUACAGGAGCUGACGAAGCAGUGUUUGAUGGUGCGUCUGUCGCACUUGUACGCUGUGGACGAGCACUCGACGUUGUCGAAGCCUGUGACGGUGGACUUCUCGACUUUGUUCUCUGUGAAGAACGCGGCCGUGUCGGAGGUGAAGGAGCUGGUGCUGACAGGCACCAAGGAGCUGGCUGAGCAGCAGGAGGGGACCGGUAUGCAGUGGAAAACCACGGACGACGCGUACGGAUGGACUCCUCGUUCGCUGCCGGUGAAGGGCACGUCGGUGACGCUGCAGGCGAUCGAAGUGCGAGCGUUCCGCGUGUGCUUCGCCAAGUCUGCUGCUGCUGCUGUCGACGGGCCGGAAGAGGAUGGCUACAGUGAGUCACUUGAUGCAGUGCUCCAGGAUCUGGCGGAAGUCAUCGCGUUUGAGUAAGAACUACCAGAACGAGGAUUCAUCGAGCUUUUUGAGCGCCAAUGAAAAGCGAUUUACGUGGAC